ACACAGCAGCUCCCACGCUCACCGCAAAAAGCAAGUAAUAAAGCAGAAAACAUAGCAGUAAACAUCACCGAAACAGACUCGUCCCCCACUUUCUCCAUCUCCUCCCCUCUUCCUCCCACGAACAAGAAAGGAAAAAAAUAAAAUAAAAAUAAAAGUAAAAACUAAAAAAUAAUAAUAAAAGGAAAAAAAAAGUCUCACCCCCACCACUUAGCUCCAUUCGUGCUCCAAUGGCGACGCCGAAGUUGAUCAUCCUCACCACCCUCAUCCUCCUCAUCCAUCAAUCUAUUGCGGACCCAUCAGAUGAAUCCUGUUUAUCCAGCCUCCACUCCUCGCUAUCGGAUCCGAACUCGAAGCUCCGAAACUGGACGAAGCCCAACUUCGCGAACCCCUGCAACGGGUUCACCUCCCUCAUCGCGGGGGCCACCUGCAACAACGGGAGGAUCUUCAAGCUGUCCCUCCCCUCCCUCUCCCUCUCGGGCAGCCUCCCCUCCCUCAUCUCCAACUGCACCAACCUCCAGACCCUCGACCUCUCCGACAACCUCCUCUCGGGCCCCAUCCCCGACCAAAUCUCCCUCCUCCUCAACCUCGCCGUCCUCAACCUCUCCUCCAACCUCCUCUCCGGCCAGAUCCCCCCUCAGCUUGCCCUCUGCUCCUACCUCAACGUCAUCGACCUCCACUCCAACAGGCUAUCCGGCCCCAUUCCUGACCAGCUGGGGCUUUUGGUGAGGCUGUCGGCUUUCGACGUCUCCAACAAUGAGCUGGAGGGCUCGAUCCCGGUGAGCCUGGCGAACAGGAGCAACGGAGGUGGGCCCAGGUUUAACGCCAGCAGCUUCGUGGGGAACAGGGGCUUGUAUGGGUUCCCGUUGGGGGAGAUGAGGGGGAGGGGCCUGAGCGUGAUGGCCAUCGUUGGGAUUGGGAUUGGGAGCGGCCUGAUCAGCCUUGUCAUUAGCUUCACUGCUGAGUUAUUCAAAAAGGAUGUGCUGUGGGUUGUGGUUUCCUUGAUGUAUUACUGCAGUUGUGCUCUUUAG